AUGAUGGUGCAGCAGGGAGCCGGACUGCAAUCUCCCCACAACGCCGCCGCCUUGUACCCCGGCGUCCCCGUCGCCGCCGCUACGCCAACACCAGCGGCGGUGGUGCCUCAGACAGCGACAGCGACAGCGCCGCCCAGCGACGACGCAGAGCCGCCUGCGCAUGCCGGUCGCAAGAGAAAGGCCGACGCCCACGACAACAACGAGCGGCUGUCCAAGCGACUGAGCCUGCUGAAUCUCGAGCAGAAUGGGUCCAAACUUUACGUCCCCGUCGAGUCCGCCAUGGCGGCGGCGGCGGCGGCGGGUGAUCGACUCGGCCCCGCGACCGCCGCCCUCACCAACAGCGGCAGCGCCCACGCCAGCUACGAGGCCGACGACGUGAUGCACGUCGACGACACGAAGCACAAGGUUUACAUCUACAAUAUCGACGAUGAGCUCUCCUCCUCCGACAACGAAAGCGACGAUGGCAAGCUCGUCUUCCUGCCCGACAUCGAGAAGCACCUGCGCCAGAACCGCAUCCCGCCCCACGUCCUCGUCAACAGCGAUGGCGAGCUCGCCGGCAUGCAGAUGGUGCUCUAUAGCGACCCGAGAUCCCUCUCCGUGCCCGAGGAGAAGGACGGCGUGCGCAAGGCCAUCAUCGAGUCGCGACGUCGAGUGCGAGAGCGCCAGCGGCAGGAGCGGGAAGGCGUUACCAUGACCGACGACAGCCCUUCCACACCCUCGGCGGUACAAAUGGACGCGAUGCAAGACACCGCCGCCCCCGACGAUGACGACGACGUGAUGGACAUGGACUAA